AUGGUGGACCAAGUUGCGAGUCUUGAGGCUAGAGCCAUACCAGUCGCAACUAUUAAUUCUACAACCCCAGGAUCCAAACGCAAGGAGAUCCUCGCGGACAUUCUGUCAGGACAUCCAGUGACUCGCCUUUUAUAUGUUACCCCAGAAUUUUGUCAGACUGAAACAUUCAGGCGAAGUAUUUCAACGGUACAUCAACAAGGAGAGCUCACAAGAGUUGCAAUUGAUGAGGCUCAUUGUGUUAGCGAAUGGGGUCAUGACUUUCGACCUGCAUAUAAGGCCCUUUCCUGGUUCAGGCGAGAACUAAAGGACCCUAUCGUACCCAUGACUGCUCUAACAGCUACUGCAACAGCUCGUGUUCGUCAUGACAUAUUUAACCUUCUUGGGCUGGAUACAAGCACUUUAAAGAAAUUUAGUACAUCAUCGGCCAGACCAAACAUUCACUAUGAAGUGAAAUAUCUCCCAGAAUGUGCCUAUGAUCUGACGGUACCAGAAGAUAACCAAAUAGACCACCUUAUAUCCUGGCUAAAAGGAAUACAUCAUCGUCGUCUGUCCCGGCUAUCACGGCUAACCAAUGAUGCACAGGGUGAAAUGAAUGCAAGUCCUCUGGUUCCUCCUCCAAUGUAUGGGAUCAUAUAUGUGCCACUGAGAGCACUGUGCUGUGCUAUCUCCAGCAUUCUAAGCUCAUACUCGAGUUUCAAUAUAAAAGCUGUUUCUUACCAUGCUGGCCUUGCACCUACAGAAAGGGAGAGGAUCCAAGCAAUGUGGGCGGCACCUCAUAAGAAUGCAACACCACCUAAAAAUCCAGCCAAGAUAGCCGAUACACGAAAUCAGAAAUCUACACCCCCGGCUUUCUACAUUAUUGUUGCGACGAACGCAUUCGGAAUGGGCAUAGAUAAUCCUAACGUGCGCUUUGUUGUACACUGGACUCCGCCGCGUACCUUCGAAAGCUUUGUGCAAGAAUCUGGGCGUGCUGGUAGGGAUGGCUGUGCGGCCAUUUCUCUAGUCUACUACAACCCGUCUGAAUGUGUCAGAAUAAUCGACCGUAUCCGCCAAACGGGAGACUUCGCGAACGAAACAGUCCGGUUGACAAGUAAAAGGACGUUUGAACACCUCACCGCUGCCGAACUCAAAGCCCAGGAAGAAGCAAAAGCUCAAAAUACAGAAGCUAUUCUAAGAAGUUUUGCAAAAGUUGUUAAAUAUUGUGAAACAACGGAUCGGUGCAGACAUGCUAUGAUUCGAGAGUUUUCAGAUGACCUUGAAUUGGAGCUUGCUCGGAAUAGACCCGAGCUAUCGUCUCAAAUUGCAUGCAGGUCAUCUGAGUCAAAGCCAAAGAGCCUUGCUGUGUGCGACUAUGCAUGCGACCACUGCAAAGAGGGUAGUGUUGUUUUGGCACAGAGGAAAAAGGCCGAGUUGAAAAGCGCCAACCAGCUAUGCGAGAAUGAAGAAGGGGAAGACGCCGUCUACACCAAGAUGAAUCUAUUGCAUUUUAUGGAAUCGUACCUGGCCAGACGCGAGACUAACUACCUGGUCGAUAUGUUCCCAUGGUAA